AUGAGUUGUAGUGCUGUUGGCCGUGAGUUCAACGUUAAUGAGUCAACAAUCCGGUACAUCAAGAAAAAGGAAAAGGAAAUUCGCCGAUCUGUACGUGAGGCUGCUCCGGAAAGUGCUAAAGUGACAUCUAUAGUGCGUGAGGAAGCUAUGGAAAAGAUGGAAAAGCGGCUCAAUUUGUGGAUUCAUGAGAUGACAACCGAUAAAAAAGGUGUGGUGGACAGCAUUGUUGUGAGGCUGAAAGCCAAAGAAAUUUACGGUCACGUUACCCAGGGUCAGAAAAACGUGAAACCCUUCUCGGCUAGCGCUGGCUGGCUUGCACGUUUCAAAAGGCGAUAUGGUGUGAGUAAUGUUAAGCUUGCAGGUGAGGCAAGUUCUGCAGAUCAGGAGGCUGCGGAAGAAUUUAAAAAAUACCUGCUAAGUGUUAUUCAGGAAAAGGGGUACGUGGAAGAGCAGGUUUUCAACGCUGAUGAGACUGGCCUAUUUUACAAAGACGUUGGCAAAAGAACCUAUAUAACGCAAAUGGCCUCCAAAGCCCCUAGCUUUAAAUCAUUCCAGGAUUAUGCAACCCUGCUUUUGUGCGCCAAUGCCAAGGGCGACUUUAAGUGCAAACCCCUAAUGGUGUACAGAGCUCCAAGUUCACAAGCACUUAAAGGGAAAAGCGUGAAUCAUAUGCCGGUCCAUUGGAGGUGGAACAAAAAAGCAUGGAUGACUUCUGAUUGGUUCCACAGCUGCUUCAUACCAGAAGUUGAAUACUAUCUCCAGGGCAGAAACCUUGCCUUCAAGAUUUUGUUAAUUUUGGAUAAUGCCCCAGUCCAUUGCUGUGAAGAACUCAAAAAUGCCCACCCCAACGUAGAAGUUCUUUUCAUGCCCCCAAAUACUACGUCUCUCAUCCAACCCCUGGAUCAGGGCAUAAUAAAAGCCUUCAAGGCGCACUAUACUAGGGAGCUUUAUAGCAAGGCUUUUGAGGCUCUCAAAGCCAACAAGGAAACUACCAUGAUGGACUAUUGGAAGUCAGUCACUAUACGCAACGUUAUUGAUUAUGUUGGCACAGCAUGGGACAACAUCAAGCAGGCUACUAUCAAUAAUUGUUGGAAAAAUGUUUGGCCGGACUGCGUAGAAAAUUUUGAAGGCUUUGAAGGUGUUACAGAAAGUAUAAAGAACAGUGUCAAAAACAUAAUGCAUAUCGCAUGGCAAAUAAGUGGAGAAGGCUUUGAUGACAUGAGAGAAGAAGACGUGGAGGAAAUUUUGGCAGAGAAGGCAGUAGAACCCACCAACGAAGACUUGGACGAGAUGGCAAAACAAGGCGUUGGAGUCAGUGAUGAUGAAGAUGGUGAUGAAAGUCAGCCUAAGAGUCCAGGAAUUGUUCCUCUUACAGCGGCCAAAAUAUCAGAAUGGAACUCUGCCUUGGAAACAAUUUUCCGUGACAUGGAAGAGUGUGACCCUAUGCUUGAUCGCAGCCUCAAAUUUAAGCGCUUAGCCUCCUGUGCAUUUGCCCCCUAUGCCGAGAUGCUUAAAGAUUUGAGGCAAAAAGCCAGGCAGACGGGGUUGACCCAAUUUUUGGAGCCAGUUUGGGAGGGAAAAUUGCCGACUCCAUCAACAAGUGGUGAGAGCCAGACCUCUGAGGUUGAACUGAUGGAUGUCAACCUGCCACCCUCUUCCUCUUCUGCAGAAUGA